UUGCUCCGUCCUGUCCAUAACAAUUUCAUCCAUAUCGAGUAAGCUUCAGACAAGAGACGAUCAGAUUGACAAAUCAUCUCAGAUCUUCGGUGGAUGUUGGAAGGAAUCGAGUGAACGAGAACAGUCACGUAAAAAGGUUAAGAUGCUACGAACCAUGUUAAUGUGUGUUGGGUUCCUGCUAGUCUACUCCUCAUUGGCCAACGCAUGCUACACAUGUGGAAGUACAACAAACAUCAGGAACCAGUGGCCUGGUAACUUUGAUGCCGAGUUCUCAAUUUCCAUCACGAAUUCAGUAUCUGGAGGCUGGAACCUGGAACUACAGUUCUCCAAACCAGUCACAAGCCUUCAGAUUUGGAGAGCAAAUAUCAAGAGCACUACCGGCGACUCCACUCUGUACAUCCUGAAGAACAAAAGAUGGAACCGAAACCUGUCCCCAGGACAGAACCUAGCCAUGAGCUUCCUCGGUCAGUUUGACGGUCAAGCUCCCAGCUUUACUGUCCGUCUACUUGACCAGGCAGAUUGUGGUCAAUGUUCGGACCGCGCAGUUAUUCGCACCACACCACGUCCAGCAGUUGCCACUCCCCUGGGCUGCAGAACCUGCUGUUCUUCGGCUCAAAUCACCCACGAAUGGCCAGGAAACUUCGACGGAGAGUUCAUCUUACCGAUCGAGAAUGAGGUGACCGGUGGAUGGGUGGUAGAGCUUCUGUUCACCGAACCAGUUUCAAAUCUUCAGGUUUAUGACGCCGAAAUUACUGACAUCUUGAAUGGAGGUAAAAUUUACAGACUGAGGAACAAGAACUAUAAUGCUGACCUCGCUGCGGGGACUGUAAACACCCAAAGGUUUCAGGCUUCUACGACAGUUACUCCUAGCUUCACUGCUCACAUAGUCGGUCAACCAGAGUGUUGCCAAGACGAUCCAACAUCCUGCCAAGCGUCUACAACAGUCCCACCACCCACAACUGAACUAGACACCAAUGAACCAACAACUUCUGCUUCAAAUUUUGAAUGCCCAACUACGAAUGUUGUGGACGAGUGGCCGGGAAACUUCAAAGGCGAGAUGGUGAUCCCAAUUAGGAAUCAGGUUUCUGGUGGGUGGACGAUGGAACUCAAGUUUUCAGAUCCAGUUGUCAACCUACAGGUAUACCGAGCUGAUGUUGUCAGUAUUCUCAACGGAGGCAAGACGUACAUUAUCAAGAACAAAGACUACAAUGCUGAUCAGUCAGUGGGCACCGUCUUCCGGGAACAAUUCCAAGCCUCAGCUGCAAACACACCUACGUUCACUACUCGUAUGAUUGGCCAACCCGAUUGUUCCGAUGGAAAUGCUUCAACAGAAAAUCCUACGGCACUCCCAACAAAACUCUCCACUGAACUUCCAACAGAACUUCCCACAGAACUUCCUACUGAGCGUCGCACUGUACCUGCCACAGACCUUCCAACAGAACUUCCUACUGAGCGUCGCACUGUACCUGCCACAGACCUUCCAACAGAACUUCCCACUGAGCGUCGCACCGUACCUGCCACAGAACUUCCAACAGAACUUCCCACUGAGCGUCGCACUGUAUCUGCCACAGAACUUCCCACGGUACUUCCCACAGAACCUCGUACCACACAGCCGAUAUCCGAGCAGACAACUUCUCCAAUCAGCAAAGCCUCAACGCCAGGCCCAUCAAUUACUGUGAAACCCGUUGAGACAACACGCGUCACGCAAACUCAUUCGUCAGCUCCCUACGACUAUGCUGAAGUGAUUCAUAAGUCCAUCUUGUUCUAUGAGGCACAGCGAUCAGGACCUUUACCACCCGAUAACCGCAUACUCUGGAGAUCUGACAGCACUUUGAAUGACAUGGGACUUAAUGGAGAAGACUUGACUGGCGGAUGGUUUGAUGCUGGAGACCACGUGAAAUUUGGUUUUCCCAUGGCAUCGACUGUAACUAUUCUUGCCUGGGGCUUAGUCGAGUACCGUGACGCCUACCUUGCAUCAGGGGAAUUAGACAACAUGCUGGAUUGCAUCAAGUGGGCAACUGACUACUUCCUAAAAUGCCACACUGGACAAUAUGAAUUCUACGGACAGGUUGGUGACGGCAACCUUGAUCAUGCGUACUGGGGUCGACCAGAAGACAUGACGAUAAGCCGACCUGCCUUUAAGAUCACAGCUGCUAACCCUGGGACUGAGGUUGUUGCUGAAACAGCUGCAGCGUUGGCUGCUUCCAGCAUUGCCUUUAGGCAAACAGAUCCAACUUACGCCGAAGAACUUCUUCAGAAUGCGAUAGAACUGUACGCUUUCGCUGACCAAUACAAAGGAACUUACACCAAUGCUAUUUCUAACGCUGCUAGUUUCUAUAAUUCUCAUAGUGGUUACGGUGAUGAGUUAGCAUGGAGUGCAGCAUGGUUGGCCCGUGCUACCGGCGACAACAGCUAUCUGACGGCGGCAACUAACCACUAUGAUGCCUUCCAUAUCGGAGAUGGCACACCCUGGGCAUUUUCCUGGGAUGAUAAGAAAGCUGGAGUUAUGAUGCUGAUGUACCAACUGACUGGUGCUACUCGUUAUCAGACUGCCAUCACCAAUUACUUGAAUAGCUGGCAACCAGGGAACAUCCAGUACACACCGAAGGGACUAGCAUGGAGGGACCAGUGGGGAACUAACCGUUAUGCAGCCAACACUGCCUUCCUUGCUCUGGUUGCUGCACACGAAGGAAUCGAAGUAAGGAAAUACCAAGACUUUGCCAAGCAGCAGAUUAACUACAUGUUGGGUGAUGGUGGCAGAAGUUUCGUAGUAGGCUUUGGCAAUAAUCCGCCGCAUUCCCCGCACCAUCGAGCAAGCUCUUGUCCAGACAUGCCCGCGCCCUGUGGUUCGAGCAACCUGGAAGACCCUAACCCUAACCCCCAAGUGUUAGAGGGCGCCCUUGUCGGUGGGCCAGACGUUAAUGAUGGUUUCGUCAAUAACCGGCGGGACUACAUUCAGAACGAGGUAGCGACCGAUUACAACGCUGGUUUCCAGUCAGCUCUGGCAGGUUUGAAAUUGUUGGACAUCAAUGGCCUAUAUUAGACGGCACAGGGACGGCCCCUCUUCAUUCGAUGCAAGGUGUGACUGACAAACAGGGUUCGAUUAUAUAGGAUAAGUCCCAACAUGAGUCAAACAUCCGGAAGCUGUGAAUUAAAUCAUCAGUUUUAUCUUAAAGACGGUUAAAAAGAUUUUGCGGUCAUUUUGAACGCCUUGAUUCAUUUUAUUAUCAAGCUCAUUGAAUUGCGAAACGAAAUAGCAGAAAUUACAACCCUCUGAACGUACAGUGUACAAAUACUGCGUCAAAUAAUAACAGUUCGAAAUUUGUAGAGUAGUUAUUAUUCCAUAAAAGUGAGUGGAUGUGUCUCAAUCAAAAGCGAAUAAAUAUUGUAUUGGUGGGAAAAUAUAGAUUUAAAAACAAGAUCUUUUUUUCGGGAUGAGACUCUAAUUAAAAUCCCUCUUGCUUAAAAUAGCAAGAGGGAGGAAAAUUUAACGCGAUCCCUUUUCUGUGUAGGCUAUUCAACCGAGCACGCAGCAUACGUUUCACAUGGACUUCAUAAGCCGGUUACAACAUCGGUGUCGUGUAGUAAACUCGCAGCAACCGUGUAGAAUUUCUUGUUUAGAUCAAAAGAAACAACGUUAUUUUGCUGUAAUUGUAACAGAUUCGUUCAACGAUUUGAAUAGGAGUUAAUUUUAUGAAUCAGCUGUACUUUUUGUAUUUAUAAAGAAUGUACAGUGUCAGGCGCCACUUCUUUGCGUGUGUUUGUACAAUAUGGAGAGUCAAAUGCAUUUUCAAAGUAUUUACUAACAAAUUGUAAAUAUUUCUCAGUCCCAGAUUCUAUUUUUUCCCCCAACAUUAUUAUUGAGAUGUCAAAUUGGCCAGGAUGCAACGUUCUUUCUGUGUAUACAUGUAUAUAAGUGUUGUUAAGUGGGUAUAUUUAGUGUACGCAUGUACUGUUAACCGCGGGCGGUCCAGAUUUAGAAUUAAUUAAAUUAAAAGCAACAAAACAAUUAAACAUUGAAUCAUAUCAGGAACUAAUGACCGAGAAUUGGUCACUCGGUUCUGGCAUAGAUUAUGUUUCAAAGAUCAAUGAGAUUUUGUAAUUAAAAGUUUAUCUUUUGAGAUAGUGAUGAAUAUUUGAUUAAAUAUAGCACUGUAUUUACCUCUUCAA